AGAUAAGUCUGGACCACUAUGAGCACUUGCUGAGACUUUGUGUUCUCUGUGGGGGUCAUCAUGUCUGCGGUGGUCUGUUUAUGGUUAUUUCUUGGUUUGGUUUUCUCUCACGUGAGCUGCUCUCAAAAUUAUGCAGAAGGCCUUGCAGGAAGUUCUCCAAAAGCCUUCAGCUCCUAUGGCCCAAUACAAAGUCAAGACACCUACAGUAGAUCUGUGGCAUCCAGAUUUGGCCCGUCCUCUCCUCUGCAUGGACCCGUCUCUUCCUACCAAAGUGCAAGCAUCUCCAAGAACAUCCACACUAGUGUUAGCAGAUCUGGCUUACGUGCAAGUGGUGCUACAGAACAUUCUGUGAACCAAAACAACCCCAGUUUUCAGCAGAGGAAGUCAUAUGGGGCCAAAUCUUGGUCCAGCAUGGCUAAACCAUCAGUUGUCAGUUCUGGAGGCAUUAUUAUAUUACAGGAAGGUGGAGGUUCUCAAGGUUCUCAUAAGAAGCCUAAUCAACAUCCAGUUAUCAGUAAUGGCUCUAAGCCAAGCAAAGUCAAUCAAAUUAGGUGGCGUUCUGCAAAUGUCCGAUCAGGCAGUACCUCCUCUAACUCCUUCCAGAGUGGAGCACUUGAUCAUUCAGCCAGGGAAACUUCUGGGGAUCGACGUGCUGGAUAUAAGGACCAAAAACCAGCCCCUGUAUACUCCAUCCAAAAGCCAAAUAAAGAUCCUCAGGUACGGUUUGGGAUUCCUGAAAGCUCUACAUGCAACUUUGAUAUCCCAAAAGUUUAUGGACGAGGGUCCAUCAGAAGAUGUUCCAGAUAUAGGGAAGAUUCAGUCUGGCCAGACGGCUCCUCUGACACCAUUUUACAAUUUGCACCAAGCCAGUUUAACCAGAACUUCUCUCUAAGCAGGUCUUCAGUCACAACUGUCUUCACGAGUGCAGUUCAGACCAACGAUGGUGGUGUUGGCAAGACUGUGUCUGCUCCGAACAGUCCUGUGUUACAGGCCUGGAGUGGAAACCGGUUGUUACCUGGAGACACUAAUCAGGAUAUUGUGCCCUUUCAACACCAUGAUGUCCAGUCAAGCCGCACCGCACGGCUGUUUUAUCACCUCCAGGAUAAAGCAGCUAGUUCACGUGUCUACGUGGUCCGUGAAAAUGCUCCUUACCCUGCGGAGAUCAUCCAAAACCACUACAGACAAACUCUUCCCAGCAGUUCUGUACCUUCAGCAUGGAAUGGUAGAAACCAAUCAAGCUGCACUACCCAUUCAUCAUCUGGAUCAAGUUCUCAGCAGCGUGGGGGGGUUGGCAGUAUGAAGCCAGUUUCAGAGCCUUACCGAUCAUCUCAAAGAGGUGUCUGGAAUGUUCCACCUGGGAAGGAAGGCACUUCAGACUUUAACGGCUACAGCCGAAGGUUCCUGAGCAGUAAAGUAUCUGAUUCCCGUCAGGUUCCUGCAGCCAGUUCAUUCAGACACGGUUACUAUCCUGGAGCAGUUUCUUACCAACAAAGAUCAACCAGAGACCACAUUUCUACCGUCCACCACCAACUCUCAAACCCCUCUAAAUGACCACUGUGGGUCUCCUUCCACAGGAAGCCAUGACUGUCAGUGUGGAGUCAGUGAGUGCUGGAGGUGAGCUGAGGACUUGCUGUAGGUCCUACCUGGACAGGUAUGGGGUCUGUGUGGGUGGUCUUAAAAGUAUUGAACCUUUGUCCUUGUACAGCUUUUUCCUGUUUUGUUAUGUAACUGUUUGCCUCAAAUUUCAUUAAAUGGUGUUUGAUCAAGUGA